AAACCAUACCCGAUUUUUGCCGUGGACAGUCUAGUCUUAUUUGACCAUGGAUGGACAGCAACACUAUGGUCGCGGUCGCGUGCUCUUCCUGACGGGCAUUCUCGUGCUUCUGACGCUGUACCUCCUGAUGCCAACUAUCAGCGAGUUUAGCAGCAAUACUAUCAACCUGUCCGGCGACGAGACGGAGGCAGGUGCGACCGAGCAGCAGCCCUCUGUUGAAGUGCGAGUUGGCGUAACAGGAAAUGCACCACUCCCUGCUCCUGCUCCCACAGCUACUGCCGACUCGGACCCGCAUUCAGAGCUGACAGGAUCAAGAAACUUUGAUUGUUCUACCAACGUGCUUGCUCUUGCUUCCAUUGACGCUGUGGCUUCAGCCGAAUCCGUGGCUUCUGUCGCGUCCAUUGAGGUGGUCGUUUCCGCGGAGUCUGCUUCAAUCGAGUCUGUAGCUUCAAUCGCAUCUGUCGCUUCCAUGGAGUCUGUUGCUUCCAUGGAGUCUGUCGCUUCCAUGGAGUCUGUAGCUUCAAUCGCAUCUGUCGCUUCCAUGGAGUCUGCUUCAAUCGAGUCUGUAGCUUCAAUCGCAUCUGUCGCUUCCAUGGAGUCUGUUGCUUCCAUGGAGUCUGUCGCUUCCAUGGAGUCUGUAGCUUCAAUCGCAUCUGUCGCUUCAAUGGAGUCUGUUGCUUCCAUGGAGUCUGUCGCUUCCAUGGAGUCUGUCGCUUCCAUGGAGUCUGUAGCUUCAAUCGCAUCUGUCGCUUCAAUGGAGUCUGUUGCUUCCAUGGAGUCUGUAGCUUCAACCGCAUCUGUCGCUUCAAUGGAGUCUGUUGCUUCCCCUCUUGCAGCUGCUACGGCUUUUCCUGUUCCGAACGAUUGUGACGACUACUUUGUUCGGAACCGGGUCUUCCUUGUGGUCCAGUUUAACUCCGGUUGGUGGGAUCAUGUCGAGAAGGCCAUGCUCAACUUACCCGCGUACGCCAAAGCAGUCUUCGUCUUCCCCAAGGUCACACAAGAACAAGCCGAUCGAUUUCCCACAGUCCAGUUCCUUGCCUGCGAGGACGCGCUUUCCGGACUGUAUCCACAUACUUGUCUGGCCGAUAUCAUGGCAGCAAACCCAGGGUACACUGGCUUCAUGUUUGUUCACUUUGAUGUUUACUUCAAGCAUUGGCUGGCACACGACCUACCGCUUCAUGAUGUUUGGGUUCCCCUUCCGGGUGCAGAGGGCACGGAUCGGGCAUACAUGCCACCUUGGUCCUGGUGGGGUACACAUCACGGUCUUCAAGGGCUGGACAAUACUCUGAAUGCGGUUGUGCAGGCUUGCGCUUCCCCGGAAACAAGCCAAUUUGAAUGUCAACCAAGGCUUGCAAAGCAAGUCGAGGCCCUUCUGCCCGGGCGUUACUUUGGCAGUGGCUUUAGCGAUAUCGCCUACAUUCCUGGCGUCUACGCGGCUGAAUUUAAAUAUCUGGCACAAGUUACAAAGACACACCGGCUGAUUUCCGAAAUCUUCUUUGAUAUGUUCGCACGAAUUGUCGACAUUGAUCCAGAUGCGCCGGCGCCGCUAAUCUCGGCGUCCUAUUCGCGCUGGAGUCGUUUCAUCUUGCCAGGCGUGAGCGAGCUUGAUGAAUCUCCAUCUGGGAUUGCCGGGCUGCUUUCGCGAUGCAAUGACCCAACUCAAUUGUUCUGUCAUCGUGCGGACUUUCGACACGAAAUCUGGGUUGAGCGAUACACGCAAUCACUCAGGCAAUGCAGAGAUAUACUUACUCCGUGAAGAAGUGUUGAUGUUGCUUUGGUUCAUCAUCUCAAUGUUUUGCCGACGUACAGUAUCUCCUGUGAGUGCUGCUCUGCUGGGUCUUUCCGAUUCGUGAAUGGGGAUUGAGCUUGUUUUUGUUUUGUUUUGUUUUUGGUUUAGUUUUCACGACUUUUAUUUAUCUCUGGGUUUUCCAUUUCCAAUG